CUUGCAACAGUCAUGCAGCUUCUCUUGGCUUCGAUUGGGCUCUUCGCCGUGGCAUCCGCGGCACGACUCGUUGAGACGGACAAGUGCACCGCCAUUUUAGUCGGCGCGAAGGCGUCCAAGAGUGGCUCGCCCAUGACCACUCAAACCAACGACUGCUCGUCGUGCGACUUUCGCAUUGCCAAGGUGCCCCAGAAGACCCACGCGGCAGGCUCCCAGCGCGAUGUGGUGCUCGUAAGCCAAGUGUACCCUCGCUACGUUGGCACUGCGCGAGGCGCACCAGAGUACUUCAAGGAAAACCAGCAAAAUAACUUUUUCAAUUGGACAGAAACCAAAGGCAUCGGACAGAUUCCGCAAGUAGCCACCACGUACGGGUACAUUGAAGGCGUGUACCCCCUGAUCAACGAGCAUCAACUGGCCAUCGGCGAAAGCACGUGCGGGGCCAACUUGUGGGCCAAACCAGCUACCCAAGGCGGCAAAGCGCUCUUCGAUAUCACAGAGCUGGCGCGCGUGGCCUUUGAACGCACCAAGACAGCGCGAGAGGCCGUCCAACUCAUGGGCGACUUGGCCGUACAGUACGGGUACUAUGGCGCCGAAUGGGAAGGCGACGCCGUGUACAGCGAAGCGGGGGAGACGCUGACUGUGACUGACACCAAGGAAGGGUGGGUAUUCCACAUCCUGCCAGACGACUCGGGGGCGUCGGCGGUGUGGGUGGCCCAGCGAGUCCCCGACACGCACAUCGUGGCCAUCGGCAACCAAUUCAUCAUCCACCACGUCAACUUGACCGACUCGGACAACUUCCUCGGCUCCUCCAACCUCUACGACGUGGCCAAACGCAACAACUUCUGGGACGGCCAGUCCGACUUUGACUUUACAGUCGCGUACGCCCGUCGCCGCCCUGGCGAGUCCUUUUACUACUCGACGCGUCGUCAGUGGCGCGUGUACACGCUGGCCAACCCGAGCUUGGACCUGAGUCCGUACACGGAUGCUUUUGGCACGACGUAUCCGUUUUCAGUCGAGACGGCGGGACUGCUGGAUGCGUCCGAUCUCAUCCGAUUCCAACGCGAUCAUUACGAAAACACAACGUUCGACUUGACGCAAGGCCCCCAGUCGGGCCCGUACGGCAACCCCGAUCGAUACUCUGUGGGGGAAAACUCGGUUGCGCCUGGCACACAGGGCAAAGGAGGGUUCUUUGAACGCGCGAUUUCCCUGUAUCGCACCACGUACUCGUAUGUGACAGUGGCCAACCCCAACAACUCCAACCUGGGCUUUCUCUGGUUUGGUCCGUACGCGCCGCAUGCCACGUCAUACGUGCCCAUCUACGCCAAAGUGAGCUCCGUGCCAGCGUUGACUUCGAAAGGGUCCCUCCUUCGCUUCGACUUUAACGCGUCUUUCUGGAUCAACGCCCUCAUCGGCAACUACGCUGGCCACUUCUAUAAGCACGCGAUGCCCGCUGUGGCUGCCGUUCAACUUGCUGUGGAGCAAAAGGCGUUUGAGGCGCAACAAGAGGUCCAGGCGACGGCCGUGUCGAUCUUGGCGAGGGAGGGCGAGGCGGCCCUGGUGGCCCACUUGACUGCGGCCAGCAACAAGUUUGCCACGUCUGCCCACGAGGCGUUCUACGCACUGUUCGUGGACGUCGUCACUCGGUUCCACGACGGGUCCAUCUUCUCGGACUUUGCCAGUGAGUCCAUGACUGUGUCUGCGAUGGGGUACCCCAGUUGGUGGCUCGAGGAAGUGGGGUACUUUGGGCCCAAGGCAGCGAACGGGGUGGCGGUCACGGGUGCGCUCGUGCUGGGGGUGGUCACGGUGACGGCGCUGGCCGUGGGGCUGGGGUUCUGGCUGGGCCGUCGCACGUCCACCGUCAAGUCCAAGGGCUACGUCCUUGUCAAGUAGAGUUACUCAACGUAUGAUGUGUGUUGCUACGUACGCUUCGAUUGAACUAGAAGUGGCUUUGUGGUCGGGUUAAGGAAUGAUAUAUAACUGAAAGAUUUGACUGUAUCCGAG